AUGCCCACAGAACUGGCAGCGAAUGCUCAGGCGGGCGAGCAAGUGACGAUAGAACUGGGAAAGGCCGGGAAAGUCCAGGGUGCAGGAACAUCCCAGCAAGGUGCUGCCGUCAGCUUCCAUAACAUUCACUACAAGGUGAAUCAGGCCAAAGGAUGUUUGUGCUGGAGGAAGAAGAGCGCCAAAGAUAUCCUCAUCGACCUCAAUGGGAUCAUGAAGCCAGGACUCAAUGCCAUUAUGGGGGCAACCGGAAGUGGCAAGUCCUCGUUCCUGGAUGUUCUAGCUGCCAGAAAGGAUCCGGCGGGCCUGUCGGGUCAAGUCUUGAUCGACGGCGCUCCACAGCCGCCUAACUUCAAAUGUCUGUCGGGAUACGUGGUGCAGGACGACGUGGUGAUGGGAACCCUGACUGUCCGGGAGAACUUCAGCUUCUCGGCGGCGCUCCGUCUCCCGUCCAGUGUUUCACAGGCCAUCAAGGAGCAGAAAGUGGAGGAACUGAUCCAGCAGCUCGGACUGAGCCGCGUGGCCGACUCCAGGGUGGGCACCCAGCUGAUUCGCGGCAUCUCCGGAGGCGAGCGCAAGCGGACCAAUAUCGGAAUGGAGCUCAUCAUCAAUCCCCCGGUUCUCUUCCUGGAUGAACCCACUACCGGGUUGGAUGCCAGCACUGCCAACUCUGUGCUGAUGUUGCUCAAAAGGAUGGCCAACAGCGGACGCACCAUCAUCCUGUCCAUUCACCAACCUCGCUAUUCCAUCUACCGCCUCUUUGAUAGCCUCACCCUCCUGGUCAACGGCAGACAGGUGUACCAUGGGGCGGCCCAGAGUGCUCUAGACUACUUUUCCGACAUCGGCUACACCUGUGAGCCUCACAACAACCCCGCAGACUUCUUCCUCGACGUCAUCAACGGGGACUCCACCAGCGUGGACAAAGAAGAUUUGGACUCUGUGUUGAAGUCCAGAAAAGGAAUCGAAGACAAAUUAGUGGAGGACUACAGAAGCUGUCCGGACUUCAAGCGUACCAAAGCAGAGUUGGAGAGAAUCGCACAAGGAAACGGGACGGACCGUUCUUCUUCCUACAGGACCGUCACCUACAGUACUAGUUUCCUGACACAGUUCCACUGGGUCCUGAAGAGAACUUUCCGUAAUCUCAUGCUCAACCCGCAGACCUCCGUCGCUCAGAUGGCAGUUACAUUGUUCCUGGCUCUGAUCGUGGGAGCCAUUUUCUUCAAUGUUCAGGAUGACCCGAGCGGGAUCCAGAACAGGUUCGGCGCCCUCUUCUUCAUCAUCGUCAACCAGUGCUUCAGCUCCUUGUCGUCAGCCGAGCUCUUCAUCGCGGAGAGGAAGCUCUUUGUCCACGAGUCCAUUAGCGGCUACUACCGGAUUUCGGUCUACUUCCUAUCCAAGAUCCUUUCAGAUAUCCUGACGCUGAGGGCCUUCCCUGCGAUAUUGUUCAGCUGCGUGGCCUACUUCAUGAUCGGUCUAAAACCGACGGCCGAAGCGUUCUUCCUCUUUAUGUUCACCGUGAUUUUGGUGGCCUACACCGCCACCGCCAUGGCGCUGGCUAUCUCGGCCGACCAGACGGUGGUAGCCAUCGCGAACAUCUUCAUGACCAUCGCUUGCGUCUUCAUGAUGAUCUUUGCAGGCUUGCUGGUCAAUCUUCCGUCGAUCGUCAGCUGGCUAGCUUGGUUGAAAUACUUGAGCAUCCCGCGCUACGGCCUCGCUGCUCUGCAGGUGAACGAGUUCUACGGGCUGAACUUCUGCCGCGGACUCAACAGCAGCAGCAUACCGCCGGGGACAAUUUGCGAGGGGCAAGACUUCCUGACCGAGCAGGGCGUGGACUACUCGUCUUGGGGUUUUUGGCAGAACCACGUGGCCCUCGGCGUCAUGAGCGCGUGCUUCCUGGCUAUCGCUUACCUCAAGCUGCGCUUCAUCAACAAGUUCACCUAG